AUGGACUCAGAGAUAAGAAGGUAUAUGGAGGAUGCAGAAGGCAGUUCAACGCUUGGUGUUCAUAUUCGCCAUGCAGGCAAAAAGUAUCUGUGUCUGCUGAUGAACCAGGAUACAUUUCUUGUUGUGGUUGUGUUGCAAAGGAUAAAGGACCGUGUAUACAUAGAAUGUGUGGAUUCCACAGGAUAUGAGCAUGGGCAUGCCAGAAGAUUCAUGCUUUCGAUUCUGAAGUGCAUGAGGCCCAGGAUCACAUCAUGCUUUAGCCAUCCAAAGAAUGAGUAUGUGUUUAGUGGAAGUUCGCUGAACAAAGCUAAACGAGUCAGAACGCCUGCAGACCUGUUGGAUUACUGGAUUUCGAUCUUUGAAGAGUACCAUGGAAGUGUGCAUGUGUGGUCAAAUGGCUAUGACGGCGUUUCGUAUCCGUUCGAGCACGAAGACGAAUUGGUGUAUUUUGAAGACGAUCCAAAGCAAAAGAUGUCGAGGCAUUUCGAGGGAAGCAUGGCGGAGAUGUUUGAUGCAUUGCUAUGCAGGGCUGAUUUUGUCAAAGGAUCUCUUGUGUAUGGAAGGACCAAAGCGUACAAGCAAAGCAGGAUAAAACGGUCAUGCACUGCAGAUAUUGAAUCCAUGAUUGCAUCAUUAAGAUCGAUGGACUUCUCGACUCUUGACAAUGCAAGGAGAUCGGCAAAUGAGUUCUUGCAAAUAUACGGACUGCAAACAGAGUAUUUCCAGAGCGAAAGGACAGUCAAUCGGGUAGCGGAGCAAGAAGAGUGUAUUGUGAUUGAUGUGAAGAAUAAGCGAUUGGUUAAGUGA